GUGACAGCGUUAUUGUUUUGAAUGUAAAAGUUUUAAAAAAAUGGAAGAAAUAAUAUUGAAUUUAUUGGUUACUGAUACAGCAGUUAUUCAUCAGGCUACUGCUCAGCUCAAAGAAGCAUUUAAAAAUCCACAAAGUACACAGCUGCUUUAUCAAUUGAUCGUCAAUUCAAAAACUGUACAGGUUAGACAAUAUGCAGCCUUGUUGUUGAGAAAACGUUAUAACAAGAUAAAAUGCUGGUCACAAUUAUCCCAAGAAAUAAGAUCAGAAUUCAAAGCCGUUCUUUUACAGGCUCUUGUGCAAGAAACAGAAAAAUCGGUCAAGAAUGCAAUCGCACAACUUAUUGGAGUUAUAAUAAAACACGAAUUACCGCAGAAUGGAUGGCCAGAGUGUUUGCAAUAUAUACGGCAAUUAAUAACAAGCGGGAACCCGACAAAUCAGGAGCUGGGAAUGUAUACUUUAUCAAUAAUGACAGAAAUAGCACCAAAUACGUACUUACAUCAUGUUCAAACGGUCAUGGAAUUAUUAAAUAAUACAUUAAAUACAUUUACCGAAUUAGCAAAUCCAGUAUCGUGUUAUAUUUUAGACACAAUGUUAAAUCUCGUUCCACUUAUAGGAGGAAAUCAGAUUAUAGUGAAUGCUUAUCAUCACAUGAUACCUCGAAUAAUGCAAAUAAUUCAAGCAUUAACCCUUGUAAAUGAAAGAAAAGCAAUAAAAGGUUUUGAAUUAUUGGAUGAAUUAUGUGAAUGCGCUCCAACGGUUAUUUCGCCGCACAUUAAAAGUUUGAUCGAAAUGUGCCUUUUUAUUGCUAAUAGUAAAUCAUUACACGACGAUCUUAAGAUCAAAGCAGUUUCAUUUAUAGGUUGGCUUGCUAAAAUUAAAAAGAAAGCUAUUGUGAAACAUAAGCUGGUUGAACCAAUAAUAGAUAUGCUAUUCACGCAAAUGUGUACACAACCAGACGAUGAAAAUCAAGAAAUUUACUUUACUGGAAAGAACGAUAAUUCACCCAUUACUAGUGCCACCCAAACACUUGAUUUAUUAGCAUUGCAUUUGCCUCCGGAAAAGUUGCUUCCACAUUUGUUAAAACACAUUCAACUUGGUCUCGAAGAUACUAAUGUAUGUGCCAAGAAAGCAUCGUAUUUAUCGAUGGCUGUUCUAGCAGAAGGCUGUUCUGAAUAUAUUCGAAAUAAAUAUCUUGAAACUUUUUUAAAAUGCAUCUGCGAAGGCAUUACCAAUUCAGCACCCGUUGUUAGAAACGCAGCCCUCUUUGCCCUCGGUCAGUUUUCAGAACAUUUACAACCAGAAAUAAGUCGUUAUGCGGACGAACUACUUCCCAUUCUUUUCCAAUAUUUGAGCCAAAUAUCUGCUCAGAUUCGACUAGAAAAAAUAGACUUGGCCUCUGUCGACAGAAUGUUCUAUGCUCUUGAAAUUUUUGCAGAAAAUCUGAACGAAGGACUGUUGCCUUAUUUACCUACACUUAUGAUAAUACUGUUUGAUAUACUUUUAGACAAUAAUAGCCCAGUACAUAUAUGCGAGCUUACAUUGAGUGCAAUUGGUGCUGCAGCAAAUGCAAGCAAAGAGCAUAUGCUUCCAUAUUUUAAACAAAUUGUUGAUAUACUUCUACGAUAUUUAAUAGUAGAAAAGCAAACCAUUGAAAAUAUGUGUUUGUUGAUACAGGCAGUAGAUACUCUGGGUGUUUUGGCAAGAACUAUAGGAGAAGAAAAUUUUGCUCCUUUAGCUAUGAAAUCUCUUGAAAUAGGAAUGAGUUUAUUAGAAGAUACGGAUGAUCCUGAUUUGAAGAAAUCUGUUUAUGGCCUCCUAGCAUCUAUUAGUCUUGUAAUAAAAAAAGAAAUGUCUCUUGUUCUACCAAUUAUUGUAGAAUACAUGAUUACGAGUAUCCAAAGUUCUGAAGGAAUUGUGACACGUUUCAAAGAUGAUGAAAACUCAGACUAUUUAGUUUAUGAAGAUUUGAGCGACAGUGAAAAUGACGAAGAGGAUAUUGAAAAUACUGAUAAUGAAGAUGAGGAUGACGAUAAUGAUGAAGACUUUGCUGGUUACAGUGUAGAGAAUGCCUAUGUCGAAGAGAAAGAAGAAGCUAUAUUAGCUUUAAGAGAAAUUGCUGAACAUACUAAAGAAGCAUUCAUACCAUAUUUAGAAAGAUCCUUUGAAGAAGUCUUUAAACUUAUCAAUUAUCCACUAGAGGAUAUCAGAAAAGCAACUGUGGAUGCAUUGAUGCAAUUUUGUAUUAACUUUUCAAAAAUAGAAACACACGAGGGUAAACAAGCCACUCAAAAAGCUCUUACAGUGUUCAUGCCUAAGCUAUCUGAAUUAAUACGACUUGAUGAGGAAAGGAGUGUAGUUAUGCAAGCAUUAGAUGCAUGUUCUGAAUUACUUGAACAGUUGAAGUCUAACAUGCUCGUUGGUACCGGUCAUAAGGAAGCUAUAAUGAACUGUAUUACUGACGUCAUGCUAGGACGCACAGAAUGUCAAGAUCCCGAUGGAUUAGGAACUGAAGGAGAUGGAGAUGAGGGUGAAGCUGAACAUGACGAGUUAUUAUUUGAGUGUGCUGGUCAGUUGUUGACGAAUUUAGGAAAAGUUAUUUCUUCUGAAGAUUUUGCUUUAUACCUGCAAACGAUAUUUCCAAUACUCAUUAAACGAUUGAGAAACAAUUUUUCUGAAGCUCAGAGAUCGUUUAGUAUUGGUACAAUUUUAGAGUGCCUUCCAGCAUUAAAGCAACAAGUAUCAGCUUUUGUAACUGAAUUAUUUCCAAUUUUUGUUAAAUUUACAAACGAUACUUGCAAUGAAGUUCGCAGCAAUGCCAUUUUUGGACUUGGUGAAUUAGCAUUUUAUGGAAAAGAAACUGUAUAUCCGCAUUAUCUUCAAAUACUUCAAGUUCUCUCCACUGCGAUAGCUAAAGAAGCACAUGGUGGAGCGCGAGAUAAUAUUAUUGGUGCUAUAGCUCGGCUUAUAAUUACUAAUCAUACAAUAAUACCACUAGAACAAGUUUUUCCUGUAUUCGUUAACCAUCUGCCAUUAAAAGACGAUUUGGAAGAGAACAAGACUGUUUUUAAGUCGGUUCUUGUAUUAUAUAGAAAUGGGAAUACAAUAUUGAAACCGCAUAUAAAUAGACUUCUUAAAAUUUCUCUUGAUGUAUUUGAGAAUACAAAUAUAGAUGAUGAAACGAAGCAAGUCAUUGCUGUAUUCAUACGACUGGUUCAAAUGGAUUUUCCAAAUGAAUGGAAUUCAUUUUAUGGACAACUUUCAGCAGAAAGCUGUACACAUGUACAACGUAUAUUUAUGUAAAUAUGAUUAGUUUUAACGAACUUUUAUAGCAAAAAAUGAAUUGUUCAAGUAUAUUAUUACGAUGUAAGAA